UUUGCAGAGAUCAAACCAGGGGAUUCGAUUCUGGAUUGGCCUACGAGGAAGAGGAUUGCGUUAGGUGCAGCACGAGGGCUUGAGUAUCUUCACGAGCAUUGCAACCCGAAGAUCAUACAUCGUGAUGUGAAGGCAGCGAAUGUGUUGCUCGAUGAAGAUUUCGAAGCAGUGGUUGGUGAUUUUGGUUUAGCCAAACUGGUUGACGUUAGAAGGACUAAUGUGACCACUCAGGUUCGUGGGACGAUGGGUCACAUCGCACCCGAGUAUCUAUCCACGGGGAAAUCAUCGGAGAAAACCGAUGUUUUUGGGUAUGGAAUUAUGCUUCUGGAGCUCGUAACGGGGCAAAGGGCGAUUGAUUUUUCAAGGUUGGAGGAAGAAGAUGAUGUCUUGCUGCUUGACCAUGUAAGUGUUCAU